AUGGCCGUCCUUCCCAACAAACACGACCUUUCCAUCCUCAUUCUCCUAUCUCUCCUCCUUCUCACUGAUGCAAGAUUAAACCUUGAUCAUUCAGACUUCAAAGCCUUCUCAACCAUCCAAAAAGACUUGGGCAUCAGCGGUCAACGCAGCUCCUCCUCUACACCAUGCAACACCCCUGGUGUGUUUUGUGAGAGGAGACUCUCUCCCAACAGUACCUUUGUGCUCAAAAUCACAAGAAUCAUCUUUAAAUCUCAACGGCUAACCGGGCUCCUGUCUCCGGCAAUUGGACGGCUGUCCGAGCUCAAAGAACUUUCAUUAACCAGCAACCAACUGGUUGACCAGCUCCCUGCCCAAAUAGUCAACUGCAAGAAACUAGAGAUUCUUGAGCUUGGAAACAACGAGUUUUCAGGUGAAGUUCCCUCUGAAUUAUCAUCACUUGUUCGUCUUCGAGUUCUUGAUCUCUCUAGCAAUGAGUUUUCUGGGAAUUUGAGUUUCUUAAAGCAUUUUCCAAACCUGGAAAACCUCUCUCUUGCUAAUAAUCUUUUCACUGGAAAAGUUCCAAAGUCUAGACGUUCAUUUCGCAAUCUCCAGUUCUUCGACUUCUCAGGAAACAGUUUUCUUGAAGGACCUGUGCCAGUGAUAAGCAAAGGUGAAUCUUCAAGGCCCCAAUACCCAAAUCGUUACAUUUUGAAGGAGAAUCUAACAAGUACAAGAUCAAGGAAUACUUCCCAAAGCAGAAGUUCUAACCUUGCUCCAGCACCUGGACCAUCAUCACCAGCAGCACACAAGCCAAAAAGAAGAGCACAAGGAAGCUUGCCGGGUGGCUCCUUGGAUUUCUUGCCGGGUCUGUAG